AUUUUGAGAGUAUGAAUUUGAAAUUACUGAAUUGAUGUUAUUAUGGUAAGAUGAUAAAUGUAUAUCUCAAUAACUUCUCAGUGUAGCAAAUGGAAUUCUGUAAAUCAGUAUCUGCCAAAUUCUAUAAUAUAUGAUGACUAAUGACUGUGAAAAGGUUAUUGCUAAAGCAGGUUAAGAAAUUUAAAUAAUUCAUUCAUUUACUAUGUUAAAAACUGAUCAAUACAUAAUUUGCGAAAUAUAUUCUUGAUGGAGCACUGAAUAGAAAUAUUUCACUUUUUCAUAUCAUAUUUUUCAGAAUAUUAAGAUGUUUUUGAUAUAAAUGUAUUUAAUAUUAUAUCAUAGCCUACAAAAUGACGAAUUCAAUAAUAAUGUUUUGAAAUUAUCUUUAAUCUUAAAAUAUAGAGAGAAUGUAUCAAGAAUAACUACAAUUUAUUUGUAUUUGUAUAAUACUUUCUAUUAUAAUAGUACAAUAUUUUUUGAAAUUACACUACUUCAACAUCUCUUUAUUAUAAGUUAUUGAAUUCUUUUUAUCAGCUGCAACGUAACACUAGAAAAUGAGAAACGUAAAAUUAGAAAAUGAUUCAUUAGAAUGGUUAGUAAAUUCAAGGCUAGCUUAAGAACUCAAGGCACAGAAAAAGAGAGAAAUCUUUUUAUUCAACGACUAUGGACGAGUAUGGAAUAAAAUAUUAAAACUUUAUAACUAUGUUCAUAAAAUUUGAUAUUUAAUUACAGGAUGUGGGCUUUGUCAUUGCUUUAUUGUUGGAUUAUGUGGUAUGUGUGCAUUUGCAGAAGCUUGCGUUCUUCCAAUUAUUUUAGUUAUAAUCCCAUUUAUGGCAUGUGAUUUAAGCCUAAAUACAAGCCAAGUGACUACUGUGUAUGCUAUGUUAACUUUAGGUACAUAUACAUAUAUAUAUAUAUAUAUAUAUCGAUAGAUUAUACAAAUGUGGCUUAUUAGUUUAUGCAUUUCUUACAAGAAUAUGACCAAUUGAUAAUUGUUAAUUAUCAACAAAAAUUUACGUAUGUAAAUACAAGUAAAUCAAAAUUAUAUACAAUUGAAUAAGGUGAAAUAUGGUUCCAACGCUAUUUAGUUCCUCUGCUGCCGUAAAAACAAAGAUAAAGAAAUCUCAUAAGUUAAGCAAGAUAAAAAAAGAGAUUAUGAAACAAUGAUUAAAAAAGCAUAUUGCUUAGUAGAUAGAAUUUGUCGAUGUUGAGAAAUAAUGAAGAAAUCUUAGAUGAUCAUGAAAGUGAUCAUGAAAGGGGUUCUUUCUUACUAUCUUUUUAACAAUAUUAGUAACUAGUAAUGACGUCACAGGUCAAUUAUAUGUUAAUAUAAAUUACAAUGAUAGUAUAACCAGAGUUGUACCAACUAACCAAAUUUCUCCUCUAGUAUAACUAAUCAAGCAAGGUUCUCUUGCCAUUACUUUAACAAUAAGCGGAAAAUAAUCUGAUCACAAAUCAGGCAAUUACUGGUUACAUAAACCCUGUAGUCUCCUUGGUAGAAUGAAAAAUAACUGGUUAGCAGAGACCGUUUUAAAACCUCAUUGAUCCUAAUUCAAUGAUGUUAUAAAUCUUUUUACUUUGUGUCUUUACGUUUCCAAAUAAAAUAUAUUUAAAAUAAAUUAUAAAAUAUUUUAUAUUUAGAUAAUUUAUAAUAUUUUAUGAAAAUAAGAUUGUGUAUAGGAAUGGCUGUAGGAGCAUUUGUAUUCGGAAUAAUAAUCGAUGCAAGUGGACGUAAAGGAUCGAUUCCCGCCACUAUGAUCGCUGUGUUUUGCGCCACUAUCAGUUUAUCCUUUGCGCAAACUACUUUCCUGAUAUACCUUUCAAUAUUUGUACUUGGACUGGGGUAAGUCAUUACUAUCUAUGAAAUCACAUGUGUAAUUGUCAUGCGUAAUAAGUGAGAUUAGCCGGUAAUAACGUGGUUUUAAGAGUAUAUGUAAUCGAAUUUUUGCCCAUGAAACGAAGAGGCUUUUGUUUAGUUGCUUUGGAUGUAUUAGGAGUUAUUGGUUAUGUGUCUGCUUUAGGAUUGUCAUGGCUAUUGAUGCCUUCGAUCGUGCGAUUACAAAACAAAAAAUUUCGACCAAAUUCUUGGCGAGUCCUUAUAGGAUUAGGAGGUAUACCAAAUCUGAUCAUGGCAUGUGCGACUAGUUUAUUACCGGCAAGUCCUAGAUACUUGCUUUAUCGGCGUCGGUACGAAGAAGCGUUAACUGUAUUACGGCAGAUCUAUGCAAUUAAUAAUUCGAAGCAUGCCGAUACUUAUACAGUACGAUUAUCUUAUAUUAAGUCAUUUUUCUCUUUUUAUAAGUACAAUUUUUCUUUACGUACUUUAGACAAUUGUGUUCGACCAGACGAGGAAGAUGAAGAAGAUACAGGAAAUGUGAGUAAAAUAGUGUGGAAAUUCUAUAUAAAAACACGCAAACGAAUCCGCAAGAUAUGCAGCACACCAUUUAAAUGUACCACGAUAUUAGGACUUUGUAUCAACCUUUUACAAUUUCCAGGAAUCAUUUGGGUUGCUCUUUGGAAUACGCAAUUGUUUCAAGAAACAGAAAACUUUAACAAAUCAGCAAAGAAGAAUUCUACAUGCGUUGUCGAUAUAGAGAACUUGGCAUUAGGAUUUUUGCACAAUUGUCAAGAAAUAGACACGGAUCGUUUCAGAAUUCUUUUCUAUCUAUCUUUGAGCUACAUAUUAGGAGAAAUUUUGUUGCUAAUUGGCAUCGAUGUUAUUGGUAGAAAAAUAUUUCUAGUACUUUCAGGAUUAGUGGGAACAGCCGCGUGUCUUGGUUUAUUAUUUACAGUUCAUAAUAUAGUACAAAUCGUUCUUUCAUUGAUCAUACUAGCAGCUUACGCGAUUGGUCGUACGACAACUUCGAUACUUUUACUGGAAAAUUAUUUUACCGGCGUAAGGGGUACGAUUAUCGGUUUAUCCAGAAUAUUUCCAUACUUGGUUGGUAGUUUUACUAAACUCUUUCUAAAUAUACAGUGUCUUACUAGUAUCUACAUUAUGUCAGGAAUUUUGUUGAGUGCUGCUGUUGCAGGGUCACGAAUGCCUGACCUAACCCGAUUACCGAUGCAAGAAUAACUUCUUAAUGUUCAUAUUUUUAUAAUCUCGAUAAAUUAUAAAUAAUUCUCUAUGUCUAACUAUAGUUAUGUUGUAAAAAACAGAGCAGAUCGUUAUUCAUAUUUUGGUAGUAGUCAUAAAUGUUUCUAUAGUACAUGAGAAUUAGGCAAAUUUCUUUCGUGUAUGGUAUGGUAGAAAAUAUAAUAAAAAAUAUGGCGGUAAAAAUGUAGCAAAAAAUAGUUGUAUUGGCAUGUACAGGGCAUGCAGACGCAUAUAAAUACAAACGUGGGCGGCUAUUCGAGAGUAUACGCCAUAGUCUUUCCACCGUCUAUUUUCGACGAGAACAGGAAGACCGUCUCUUUUACGUGGUUAUCGUGGACAUGCUCUCGCGCAUGCUCUUCGAACGUGGUGGAAAGCCUCAUCGUCACGAAUACGCUCUUGUAUUCGUUGUAAAUACGAAUGCCGAAUGCUCGCUACCGAAAAUAAUCACGCGAGGACGUUGUUGCGAUUUCAGGCCGCUUCUUCCGCGGCUCUCUUGACGCCGCCAAACGUAAAAAAUGCAUUCCCACCGCGAACCUUCGAGAUAUUCGCCGCAAGACCUAGCGAUAUCCCUUAACACGAAUAUUCGUAAUAACAUCGGUUUCAUUAAUAAUUAAACGUACGGUAAAAUAUCAUCGGUCGUGUGCUUACUUCGUGUUGGAUCAGCGAUAGAGGAUCAAACAAGUAAAUUGUUACUGAUGUGUAACGAAAGAGUGAUACAAAAUUUGGUGCUGUUCAUUGUUCGUCCCCGUUACCUUGACUUCAGCUUCGAAGAUAAAAGACAUUAUAGUUAAAUACUUCAGCAGUGACUGUCAUUCUGUAUUGUGUUAAUUUCAAAUUAAAUAAAUGUUACAAUUUCUAAAUAUGCCAAACUUUGUUACCAGAGGUGUCUAAAUUCGAUUCGGUGCUACGCCUAUAAUGUCCAUGAAAAAAGAUGUAUUCUAAAAUUAGAUUACUCGAAUAUAUUUAGAAUAUUAAUAAUUCAAUUGACAAACUCGAGAAAGAGAAAGAGAGAGAGA